AAACUAUUUAAAACUAUCCACGAGUAUUCUCUCUCUUCUUCGUGCCAUAUCAGAUUUCUGACGUCGGCGACACCCGGCGCAAAUUAUUUUUCCCCUAUUUACGAGCUGGCAGCACUGUCGAGAAUAAUUUUCCCGCAAAAUUAGAAGCGUGUAGUAUACAUUGUCGAAAUGGACGAACAUCAAACAACCAAAUAUCGUAUUAAUGGCACUCUCUUGUCUCAGUAUCAAGGAAAAAAUGUUUGUCUUCUUGGUUGCGUUAUUCAGCGGGAUUCAAAUGGAAUGUCUUUUAAACUAAAGGCCAGCGACAAUCAAAUAGUUGUCAUUCAGAUGAAAGAACCAAUACAAGAUUCCUUGGAAGGAUUGGUCGAAGUACAGGGAACGGUGACGCCGAGAAAUAGUGUCUUGUGUGAUCAUUACGUUGAAUUUCCUUCUGAUUCAGCAUCAAAUUUUGAUAUGAAUCUUUAUAACGAAGCAGUUCAGCUCAUGGCCCAAUAUCCAAAUUACUACAUUACAUUUUAAUUUCAUCAGUGGGAGAAAAAAAAAUUUUGUUUUGCAUUUAUGUAACAGAUUUACACAAAUGCUAAAUGGUAUGUAAACUAAUUUUCACACUGCAAGAAUUGAAUUAAACAAUAGAAAGGUCUGGAAGAUAAUGAAAGUGAUUUACAAAUUGCAAACAACUUUAUAUAAGUAAAACAUCUUCCAUUUAACUUUUGUGAAUAUUAUUUGUAUGAUUUGAUAUUUCAUCUUUUGACAAGUGAAAUCUGUACCUUAUUGGUGAAGAAAGUUGUAUUUAAAAUAAACAUUUUCAGUUUUCUUAACAGA